GGGAUCGAACCCCGGUCCUCAGAACUGUGAGGCAGACGCUCUAACCGGUCGACCAGCGUGCCGCCAUCUGCCUGUAAUAUUUGUUCCAGCCCAAACCCAUAUUCUUUCCCAAUGUUUGGCUUUACACCCCCCCUGGCGUCAUGGGCUAGCCCUUGCGCCUCCUGAAUCAACUGACCCAAAAAGGGCCGGCCGGGGGUGCCACCGUGAGGCCUCCUGAUUUCGCCCCAAUCCAGCGGAGCCUUGGCACGCUCCCUUAUCGACCCGAAAGCAAACGUGCACCAGAUGAAAGAGCAGAGUCUCAGGGAUGGAUUUCAUUCUCCUAUUUUGUGUUAUAAGCGAUCUGAUCGUGAGUGUGAACACGUGACAGGUUGCUCCAGCAUCGGCUGGAUUUUGCGAAAUUAUUGUUGUUGUUUUUUUUACUUGAAAGUUAGCAUUGAAGUCAGGCACAGAAAAUGUUCAUCAUUCCGUUUGAAAAAGUCGUUGAACAUAACCAUUGAAGAAACGGUCACAUCAAAUAUGACGCAAGAUUCAAGUCCUUAAGAAGUGCUGGCACGUCUCAAACGCCCGUUGUGCCUUUCUUCAACGGAAAAUUCAAGAUUAAACUGAAUUACCCCCCCCCCCCAAAAAAAAGGACAGCUCGGCUGCAUUAUGAAAAUGCAUGCAUGACAACUACCCCAAAAUGGCCGAGACAAAGUUUGCCAAUGCGAGCUCGAGCUUAAAGUUCUCCAAAAAGAGAGCAAUGGCUAAAGGCGUGACAUGGCAAACGGCUUAAGCGCUCCUCUGACAAGUCCGCACGUAGAACUGCUCGGACUUGUAUCUGGAAGAAGCCUAUUUUCCAAUCUAGACAAGGAAGCCUUUUUCCUUUGGCUCGUGCAACAAACCUGACUGGCGUUCACAAUGCGCGAUUCUCUUCUUCGGAAGACAACAAGCAUUGGCCUUUUUCCUCGGCAGCCACUUGUAUAUUUGCAACGUGACACCACUAAUCGCCAGCAGAUGGCGCGCCGGCCUGCAUUUUGACCUUUGGGAAUUCCGACUGCCGACUCCCGGCCAGACGCGCACGCCCCAACAUUUCAAGUCAACAAAAGUCAUUUGCUUCUCCCUGCACAAAACGCAGCAGGUAGAAGAAGUCAGUUACACCAAUUCUUUGUUGUUACACAUUGCUGAAGAAUUGAACAUUUGAAAUGACAUCCGACGUUGGCGAGUUCAACCUUACUUGAAGCUGUGGGACAUUAAAAUAAUACAAAUUGCAGUGAAUAUCCCUCAAUAUAAAAAAAAAAAGGAGCAUUCAACUCCAAUUCCAAUUUGCAGACAGGAGUUCAUUUGAAGAGAUACGCAUUCAUUGGAUGCUAGCGGACAUGUACGUUUACUCGAUGUGUGCAGGGAGAUGUUCACGUCGUGUUUGGCCGGAUAGACAUUUUUGAUUGGGCGGGUGCGUGACCUUUCACGUUGGCCCUAAAGCAGCGCUAUCACUUUUUGGGAUGAAUGUAUAAUCACCUCAAUUGCCUCUGCAUUUUGAUUUGUAUCAGAUAUCUUUCAUAUAAAUAAUAAAUAACAACAACAACAACAAAUGAAAUCAGAAGUCAUGGGAACAGGGGACAACAAAAUCCAACAUUUAAGUACACAAGUGCUCUUCAAUUUGUGAAGAGAUUUGGUGGGGAAGACCAUUCAUAUCUGUAAAAGGGAAGAAAAUGCACGUUUGGGACUUCAUUUCUGCCAAAAUUAAAAGACAAACAUUUGGCCAAAAAUAUGAAACACACAAACUAUAUUUGCUUUAGUCAGCCACAAAAGAAAUGAUGCGGUGAGCCAGAUGUGGCCCACGGGCCUUGAGUUUGACACCAGUGCGGCUGAAAGGGAAAGGGCGACAGAAAGUUGCGUACAGAAUUAACAGUCUACUAUUUUUGUUUUGUGUUAUGACGUAAUAUCGGCAUAAACAUGACGCAACUUGUUUACUAACACUUUAUUUUUUUUCAGGAGGAAGACGUCAGGGGAGAGGAACUGCAGCCGCGUGACACACACACGCGCACGCGGGCGCGCGCGCCGACCCCGCCCCCGGACUAAAGCUCUUCAAAAGCAGGCGCGCGCACGCGGAAGCGACAGCUUGAGGAGCCGCGUGGAAACUAGACGGACGCGAGCAACACGUCGUCCACAUUCCCGGGGAACCAUGAAGUCUCCCAAAGUGGCGCGCCAAGCCGAGCCGGUGGCGGACGCGGACGACCUGGACGACGCGCUGUGCGAGUUUGACGCCGUGAUCGAGGACUUCACGUCCCCGCUGGAGAAGCGCCGCUUCCGCUACGACGAGCACCUGCGCACCGCCAAGAGGCGCAGCAGCAGCGGCGGCGCCAGCGUCAGCGACACCGACACCGACACCGACAGCGCCGACUGGCCGACCAGAACCAGUUUCAGCCUGAGCGACGAGAGGCUCCCCUCGCCCAGCGCCAUGUCCCCAAAACCCAAACUGGGCGACACCAAAGAACUGGAGGACUUCAUCGCAGACCUGGACAAGACAUUAGAGAGCAUGUGACGUGGGCGUCUGGCGGCCAUGAAACGGAGACGGAGGAGGAGUCCGCUGCGCCGCCUGCCCAUCUGACUGAACCGGCGACCCUCCGGCUUGUCUUGCGGUCUCGUGCCGGAAUUCGCUUCGCACUUGCAAAACGUGCCGCUCAAACGUUUUGUGGACGACUGCACGUUUUAUCCACACUGGAUUGUUAUUAUGACGAUAAUGAUGAUUGUUGUUAUCAUCAUCGAGAUUGUUUUUGUUGUCAUUGUUCAUAUUUAUAGAGAAUUCAAGUAGUAAAUAAUAUCAUGAAAUAAUAGUUGAGGUAAAAAUGAAUAACCAACACUCGGUGAUAUCAGGGUUAUUUUUAAAUGUUCCAUAAAUUGUAUAAAAAAAAAAAAAGCUCUCUAUAUAUUUUCUCUAUUUAUUUAUUGAGUGAUUUAGUAGAUUUUGGUUGUGGCGGUGUUUGGCGUCGGAGGGCCCCACGAGGGAGAUUCCCGACCGGAGCGGCCCCCGAGGGACGGACGGCUGUUAUCGGUCCGUAUCCGUCGAUAUGGAUCUCGUCCAUCUCAACUGUCUCUCGGGUCCGAGUUGCCCGAGCUGCUGCUGCUGCGGCUUCUCGUCGUCGUAGUAGCGCUAGUAGCGCUAGCAGUAGUAGUGCAUCUCGUGUUUCCCAGCAGUUUGUGUCAGCUCUUUCCCGGCGGCGCAACGGACAAGGCUUUUUUGUCAAAUGAAUAUAAUCGUAAUUUGAUUUGUUAUUUGAUUGGAUUUUUUCCAGAUUUUAAAGUUAUUGCUCAUUUUUGGGAACAAUAUUUUUGUACCACGUAAAUCAUCUGAAAUGGUCUGAUUCAGUGAGUUAAAAGAAAGUUUAAAAAGACUACUUGAAUACAGCGACUACUUGCCAGAGAUGAUAUUAAAGAAUGUUUCUUCCCAUAAAAUGUUUGUUCUCUUUAUUUUUACUUGAUGAAAGUAAAAAUGAUGCUACAUUGCAACACACCGUAACAUUUACUUUCCAUGUGGUAAGAUUUUGGAACAAAUGGAUGAAGGUGUUUAUUACUUUCAAAUAAAUUCGCAACUCAACUUUCGCCUUUUGAUUUUCACUUUAAAAAUCAAGGCUUCAUAUAUUUGUAUCAAAAUGUUGAAGUGUUGCAAC